GGCGAGGUGAGAGGCCGAGGGGACCCGGCUGUGGAGUGCGAGGACCAGACACCCCCGCAAUGACCAGUUCCCCUGUCUCCAGAGUGGUCUACAACGGCAAGAGGAACAGUAGCCCCCGCUCUCCCCCCAGCAGCAGUGAGAUCUUCACCCCAGCCCACGAGGAGAAUGUGCGUUUCAUUUAUGAAGCCUGGCAGGGCGUGGAGCGAGAUCUGCGGAGCCAGAUGUCAGGCAGCGAGCGGGGCCUGGUGGAGGAGUACGUGGAGAAGGUCCCUAACCCCAGUCUGAAGACCUUCAAGCCCAUCGACCUGAGCGACCUGACGCGCCGGAACACGCCGGAUGCCAAGAAGUCCUGAAGCGCGCCGUGUCCCUCCCCGGGCCUCCAGGAGACCGGGGCGCCGCCUGAUGCUGGGAGGGGGAGGGGCUGUAAACCCCAGGAUCAGGAGGGGCACGAUCGCUGGCCAUGGCCUGCCCUUCCUCCCCGAGUCCCCUCCUUUCUUCUCGGGGUCUCCAGCUGCCCCUGUCGCUGUGGCGAGGC